ACGCUCUCGGGCCAAUCGAGGGCGCCAUGGCCCGGCGGCAGAACGUCGCCCCACCAGUUAUUCGUCCUCGAUUCUUUCUUCUCAUGAGAUACCCACAUCAUCCCUGACUCGCAGCUGCGACCAUUCAAGUCUUAGUCUGAGCGCCUUCGGACUAUCCACUAUUGGUCUCAUUACUAUGGAAGCAAGCCUGCAUCCAACGCCCUGCCACUAUGGAAGCUGCACAGACCCGCAAGUCCAAACAGAACCCAUCUGUCAGUGGCCCAAGCAUAGUGCCGGGUCCUGACACUUCAACUGGAGCGCAUGUUGACUCCACGGACACAGUUGCAGGAAGUGGAUCUGCUCAGAAAGCGCCUAAGAAGCGCACCAAAACAGGGUGCCUGACCUGCCGGCAGCGUCGCAUAAAAUGCGGAGAAGAGAAACCCAUCUGCAAUAACUGUAUUAAGUCCAAACGCGAAUGCAAGGGCUAUGUGCCGCGUCUGGUAUUCAAGGACCCGUUGGGGAUAUCUGGCACCAUCACCUCGCAGCAGGCGACUUUCAGUUCACAGACCUGGUCUGUACCACCUCCGAGCGGGGAUAUCGAUCAUGUACCUUCUCAGCAAGCCGGGUCUGGCCAACCGACCCUAGCCCCCAAACCUGUUGUGCCCGCAAGUUUGAGACAGUCUACGCCGUAUGAAUUCCAGGACCCCAGUCCAGCCCCAGCCCAAGGGCAGUCGCGUAUGCCCCCAACACAGGAAUAUGAAAUGGUCCAGGGACCAACAGACACAUUAGCCUUCCUGGAUCAACAGCGGUCGGCCGGCUUGGAGAUGGGCUACCGGGCCGAUAUAGGCACAGCACAGGGCUCGUCUUGGAUGCCCGGCGCGGGAUUACCUCGCUUGGCGGUAUUCCAGGGACAGUCUUAUGCCGAGGAAGAUUCUGAAAAUGACUACUACGAUGUUGAGUCUGAUGAGGAGUUUGAUGAGCAAAACCAGGUGCAAGAUUAUAAUCAACUCAGCCUCAUCAUGGCAUCUGCAAAUCGCGACCAACAGCAGCUUCGCUCAUUCACCACGUACUUGAACGAACCAAACAUCCUUACCUCUUAUUUCCCAACCUUUGGCUCCUCUCCCUUGAACAACCCAAAAACAGCCCGGAUUUUUCUGCACUUCAUCCACUCCACCGGACCGGUUCUAUCCGUUUUUGAACGGCAUCCCGUGGACCCUUCCACAAUGCUGGGCGCCCCAGUCCCACUGGCACAGCAAGGGCUCUGGACCUAUACACUUCCACUAAAGGCCUUGGAGAACCAAGCAUUGUUGCAGGCCAUCCUUGCCCUAAGCAGCUUACAUAUCUCCUAUCUGCAACAAGCGCCACCGACCGUUUCCCUGAAACAUUACCACUAUGCGCUGAGACGAGUCAGCGUCGCGGUUGGCCUGCCCAUUCGACGCAAGCAGAUCUCUACCCUCGCUGCCACGCUCCUGCUAGGAUACUACGAGGUGAUGGGCGCGGAUCAUUCCAAGUGGAACAGUCAUGUUGCCGGGUCGGCUCAACUGGUGCGCGAGAUUGACUUUGCGGGCAUGGCCCGUGGUCUACGUGCUCAGCGACGCAGGAUCUGGGCUCAGCGGCAACAAAUGGAACCCCCGAGACCUUCACUAGCAGGACCCUUCUUCUUCGGUGAUUCAGACUCGGAAGACGACCCCUUCGCCGAAAAGGAAAGGAAUAUCAACGAUAACUUCAUCGGGACGCUUAUUGGCCGGGCCGUGAGUUACGACGAGUUUGGGCACGUUGACGAGGGUCAAGGCCGUCCUCACCAUGACAAAUAUUUCACACGAAAGGAUAUUGAAAACUAUCGGAUACAGUGCGAUCUCUAUUGGUGGUAUCUACAGCAGGAUUUCAUGCAGAGCAUCAUCAGUGGUGGCGCAUUAUUCAUUCCGUACUCUCAGUGGGGACAGUGCCCUCCGCGUGCGGGAAUGGGUCGAUUGGAUGCCAUCUACGGCUCGGCGGAUCAUUUGUGGCUCUUGCUUGGUCGAUUAGCGGACUUUGGCGUUCGUGAUAGAAAGAGAAAAUUGAAGGCAGCCAAGGCUACGGGAUCCGAAUGGCGGCCCGACUCCAGAGUUGCUGCUUUCAUGGCUCGUUUCGCAAGAAAUCCCCUUGGACAGCCGGAAGGGCCACCGACCGGCGGCCCUGUACAACCGCCUCCUGGCGCGCGACCGAGUGCGCCGCCAUUCUACGGCAUGGCUCCGCCUCGUGGACCAAGACACCCUCCGCCUGCCUUUGUCGAGUUCCCGGUGCCUACCAACUACGAGGAUGAGGGACCCGAGCAUAUCUCGUAUAGUGACGCGGAGGAUGAGUGGGAAAGUAUCCUAGCAGCCUUCGACACCUUCGAGCAGGCUCUUGGCCCCUAUUUCAUGCCGCUGCCUCCCGACAGCAUGCCUCCCAUAUCAACGCCUUUCGGACCGGCCCUUCAGUACCGGACACAUACCAUAGCGGUUCUGUGGGGCUACUUCCUUACCGGACGCACUGUCCUACAUCGGCUACAUCCAUCGAUGCCUCCCGCCAUGAUGGUAUCAACCAAGGUCGUAGCGCCGGCCACUGCGGGGUACACCCAAACUCUUGGGAGAAUUGCCGCCGGCAUCUAUGACUCCCAGAUAUUCACUCCGGGAGUGGGAAGCCUUAGCCCGACCAUCGGAUCUUGUCUUAUCAAGAUGACCGUGCCGAUUUUCUUCUCCGCGGUCCAAUAUACCGACCCCGCACAACGAGACUGGGUUGUCACGAGGCUGCGCAACCUCUCCCAAAUGAGCGGCUGGCAGUCGGCCAACACUAUGGCCAGCGGCUGUGAAAAUGCGUGGAGGGUUGCUGCGAAACAAGGUCGUGGACCUCCUUACGAACGGAAAGACACGACUGCGUACCGGCGUGCCUCGACGUGGACACCACCCGACGGGGAGUGGCCCUCAAAUGACACCGGUGAAAGGCGGUUCGUCACGGUUGCCAAAACCCCAACCGAAGCGGGCUGGGCCAUGGGGAUCCUGAGCCUGGAAGACGAUGUGCUAAACCUGGAGAUUGAAGAUCGGGUAUGAGUCCUUCGUAGAUUAUGUCGGCCAGAUUGCUGGCGGGUCAGGAACACCGGCCAAUAGAUCCUAGGCCUGAUUUACAAGUCAGUAGAAACGUUGUCAGCCAACGUCAGAACACACGAUCUAUCAAUUUUGCAGACAGGGAUCUUCGAUGCAGCCAUGGCGCGACA